AUGAAGGAGGCCAUUCGAACCUGGGACCGCUACAUUGACGGCGAUGGCUUCGAGACAACGAUCAUCACCGCGCGUAAGCCAAGCGUUCCGUACCGCUCCCGUACCGUGAUUCCCAACCCUGGGAUUACAACAGGAGGUCCGCAAAAAGCGACAUAUAUUCAGAGUCUAGGUAGUAGCCAUGGCCUUCCCGGGUUAGAAUUCCAACCAAAGGUUGUCCACUCCAAUGUUGACCAGGAAAUCAAACGCAAGGACAGCCAAACGCAGCAUGUGCGUACAUUGGCAUCUUCCUUCCAAACGGACCACCUUACCACUUGUUCAAUAACAGACGAGACGAUGGCAAAUGUUGCGAACGAGCUACUAGCUCAGAACAACUGGGCUGAAAACGCCAAGAUCCAGUACUAA